AAAUAGAUCUGAUAUGGCCGACCAAGAUGCGGCCGGAGACAGACACCUGGAGGAGGCGGCCAAAAAACUCAACCGCGGAAAAGGAUUUCUUAGCAAAUGGAUGAAUGGCGGCAAUGACGGCCCAGAACAAGCUUGUGAGUUCUACGUGAAGGCUGGCAACUGUUUCAAAGUAGCCCAGAAAUGGGAGAAGGCAGGCAACGCUUUCUGCUCUAGCGCUAAACUGAAAUCGAACGGCGAGCACAGACACGAAGCGGCCACUAAUUACGUUGACGCAGCUUUGUGUUAUCUGAAGAUAGAUUACGAACAGGCCAUCGAGUGUUACAGGAGGGCUGUGGAGAUAUACGUUGACAUGGGCAGGUUCUCAAUCGCAGCCAAACACCUUACCACUGCUGCGGAAAUAUACGAGACAAAGGUCAUUGAUGUUGAAAAAGCACUACAAAUGUACAGUCAAGCGGGUGAGUUCUACAGAGGGGAGGAGUCAACGUCAGCCGCUAACAAAUGCUUCCUGAAAGUGGCGCACAUUGCGGCCAAGCUGGACCAAUUUGAGAAGGCAAUCGAACUGUUCUCGGAAAUCGGAGCCAAAUGUGUGGAUAAUUCAUUGUUAAAAUACGGAGCCAAGGACCACUUUUUCAAAGCCACCUUGUGUGCAUUGGCAAUAGAUCACGUUAGAGCCCAGCAAUGUGUGGAAAAGUAUGGAGACAUUCAUCCUGCGUUUAAAGAUUCAAGAGAGUACAAAUUAUGUCUGAGUUUAAUUUCGGAUGUGCAAAACGAAAACACAGAUGAAUUCACACUGCAUGUUAAAGAUUACGACAAAGUUUCACGUAUGGACGAAUGGUUAACGUCUUUACUUUUGAAGAUUAAACGAACUUUGCCAGCAUCGACUAAUCAAGCGUCAAAUGUUGGCGGGGGUUUUGAAGAGUCUGAAGUCACUGCUGGACCACCUCCGGAAGAUUUUGACGAAGACGAUUUGGCCUGAGAUAUAGGCUCUGUGUAACAAAAUUGGUCCAUGUAAAAUAUAUUUUUAAAAUAACUUGCAUAAUCUAUUAGUUAAAAUAAUCAUCAUGAUGACCAUAUUAAUGAUUCGAAAAAGUUAGUUAGUUUCUAGAAUUUAGUCGGUGAAUUUGGACCUGCUUUUGCUACACGAUUCCAAUUGCCUCGAAACCAGAAAACGUUGUCUUUUCGCAAUCAACUUCUGACUUUUCAUCGAAAUUUGAGUUUUACACCUGUACUCCAAACCGCGCUAUUCCUAUUUUGAAAACUAGUGCUGCUGAAUCAAUUGAAGUAAUAAUUGAGCAUGGGUUAGAUGGAUCGUAGCACCACACACAAUCGCAACUUAUUUUUAGAUUAUUUGAAUUAAAUAAAUUGAUAUAAAUCUUCUUUAUGAUGUUCAUAAUUUCAAAGACUAGAUAUUUUACAAUGAUUACACUGCGAAUGUCUGAAAAUACGUGUCAUAUUUAUAUAUUUGAUGUAAA